AUGGUUAUUGUCCCGCAACCACCCGCCAUCCCCGGUUGCCCUUCUUCAGGUACGUCCGCCGUCUCCGACGGCGCCGCCACCACCACUGUAAUUCACUUUUCCAUUAAAUCAGCCGCCCCACCAGGCCCUCUUCCCGUAUGCCCAUAUCGGCUACCUCCUCUCAUUCCUCCGGCAAGCCGCCACCAUCUCAUCCUGCAAUCUCCAUGUCACCGUCAUCACCUUCCACCCGACCAUUGUCGGCUCCGAAUCCAACCACCUGUCCGCCUUCCUCUCCGUCCAUCCCGGCUAGCUGCACACUCGGGCCAUCUCCGCUGUCCAAAUCCCAACUUUAGCUUCUUCCUCAAUCGCCUGGUCCAAAUCCACGCCUUCCAAAUCCCGCCGCCACCAUCGUCUUAUCUCACUUGCCCCGUCCAAAUCCCGUCAUCGUCGGCGCCUCCUCCAGAUCCCGCCACCGGAUUGAUAGUCGCUGGGAGAACAUCACACAUGAAUUACAAAUUCCCAAAGCACAAGUUGUAUCAUUGGGUUAAUUGGAGUAUGUAG